AAAAACUGCCUUGUAGUUGUAGCCUGUAGGGCAGAGUCCGAACCAGAAGGCUGCGGCGGAGCGAUGGCGGCGUUUCGGUCCGUAUUCAAUGCCGGAGAACUGAGACGCGAGUUCGAGAACGCCGGAAUCAAAUCCACCUUCGUCCCAUUCAUUUGGAAACGCUUGCUUCACGAUCCAAACAACUUCCUCAACCAUGACUUCGCCACCGAAUUCGAUUGGGAGCGAGCCGUGCCUUCCCUCCCCUCGCCUGCCUACGCCUUGCUCCGAUCAAAGUUCAAGCCUCUUACUUCCACCGUCCAUUCCGUCGUCGAUUCCUCCGAUCAGGUCACCUCCAAGCUCCUUGUCAAGCUUCAGAACGGGGCUUUUGUGGAGGCUGUCAUUAUGAGAUAUGAUACUCGUUUGGGAAAAUAUGGCGGCAAACCUCGGCCAGGCGGACUGCGGUCUACUCUCUGUAUUUCUUCGCAGGUUGGCUGCAAAAUGGGCUGCAGAUUCUGUGCAACUGGAACAAUGGGAUUUAAAAGCAAUCUGACUUCAGGGGAGAUAGUAGAGCAAUUGGUUCAUGCCUCCCGUUUGUCCCAAAUACGCAAUGUUGUUUUCAUGGGAAUGGGAGAGCCAUUGAAUAACUACUCCGCCUUAGUGGAAGCUGUUCGUGCCAUGACAGGCUCACCAUUCUUAUUAUCACCUAAGAGAAUCACUAUAUCAACUGUUGGGAUUAUUCAUGCUAUAAACAAACUACAUGAUGAUCUCCCAGGAUUGAAGUUGGCYGUAUCAUUGCAUGCACCCGUUCAAGAUAUACGUUGUCAGAUAAUGCCUGCAGCUCGAGCCUUUCCCCUACAAAAACUUAUGGAUGCACUCCAAGAGUAUCAGAAAAGGAGUCAACAAAAGAUAUUAAUUGAGUACAUAAUGCUUGAUGGAGUGAAUGAUGAAGAGCAUCAUGCCCACCUACUCGGAAAAUUAUUAGAGACAUUCCAAGUGGUUGUGAACUUAAUACCGUUCAAUCCUAUUGGUAGUUCAAGCCAAUUCAGAACCAGUAGUAGCGAGAAAGUAUUGAUAUUCCAAAAAGUUCUUCGUGGUACAUAUAAUAUACGCACAACAAUUCGUAAGGAGAUGGGCCAAGAUAUUAGUGGUGCAUGUGGGCAACUGGUGGUCAGCCUACCUAGUAGAAGCUCUGGUAAACAAACAAGUAUUCUACCUGACAUAGAAGAUCUUCACCUCUGAUGUAGCCAAGAUGCCAGGAAGAACCAUGCUGGAGCUAGGAGUUCAAUGUCAUUGCCACCAGCCACUUGUUUCAACUCUUGAUUAAGAGUUGGCAUAGGCUUGAUCGAGCCUCCGCUGGAAUGUGGACAUCGAGCAAAUGCAGAUUGUAAGAAGUAUAUCAAUGUGUUGAAAGGAAGUGAAAAUAGACAAGAGAGAAGAAAUCGUUCGAAGGGGCGGAAACACCAAGGAAUUGAAAGUUAGAAUAUGUUGUGAUUCAGGAUAUGUUUAUGCAUACAGUGUUGCCAUCAAAUAUGCAGGCUUUUUCUAUCUGACUUCCCCCUGCUGGUUGAGGUGGGGAGGGUCAGCCAAAGCAAAAUCAAAUGUACCGAUGAAGUAAGAAGAGUUGCUUAUUUUAAUGCUUCCUUUUUAGCUCUUAUCAAAAUUCUGAUUUAGAAAUA